AUCAGUUGAAGGAAGAGGUAUAUUUGGUUUAAAGAUUGGAAGUUCCCCCCUGGGAACUGAAACUAGAGCUUUGUGGAUAGAUGGAGGAAUACAUGCUAGAGAAUGGAUUGCUAUCAGUACUUCAACAUAUAUCAUAAAAAAACUUAUUGAUACUUUCUCCAGUGAACAAACAAGUGAUCCAGUGAUCCAAAGUGUUGACUGGUAUAUAGCACCAUUAUUGAACCCUGAUGGAUAUGAGUACACUCAUACUGAUCAGAGACUUUGGAGAAAAAACAGACGUGAACCACCGGAGGGAGAUAAGAAAAAUUGUUAUGGUGUGGAUUUAAACAGAAAUUUUGGCACAACUGGAUUCGGAAUAGGAGCUUCUAAUAGAACUUGUUCUGAAGUAUAUUGGGGAACAGCUGAGAAUUCUGAACCUGAAACUAUGGCAGUGCAGAAAACCAUUCUUAAAUACAAAAACAAUAUUCGGGUCUACAUAACCUUCCAUUCUUACGGACAAUCUUGGUUAACUUCCUGGGGAUAUACAUCGGAUUUACCGGAAGAUUAUGAUAAACUUUAUGCCCUGGCUAGAAGAGGAGCAGAUGCUUCAGAGUCUGUAAACCCAAAGAGAGAAUAUAUUGUUGGAGCUGGGGGAGCAGCUUUAUAUUUAGUUGGUGGAGCUACUGAUGAUUGGGCUAAGAAAUCAUUUGUUGUUGAUCCUGCUGAAAUUAUUCCUAUUGGUGAGGAAUUAUGGGCAGCAAUGAGGGAGAUGGCGACAGAGGCUGCAAAUCAUCCGCUUGGCAAUGAUUCAACAAACUUUAAAGAGAAGUGAGGACGUUAUUUCAAGUGACCCUUUAAAUAUAGAGAGUCCGAUUCACUACAGUACUUUUAAACACGUGUAUCUGAUUAUCUACGACAGAGUGACCUGUGUGUUCAUCUCUAAAAUAACGUUUAAAUUAUUAGAAAAUUGCAGAGUGUAAGCUAGUGUACAGCGUGAACUCAAACAGAUGCCUUCACACAGUUUCUCAACAAUCCUGAACAUUUUAAAGUUUAACUAAUGUUUUAAAUAUAAAACCGCUUGCAAACAAAUCUAUUAAUAAGUGCAAGUUUUCUAUACGGAAAAAGACAAAGUUCGUCUUCUGUUGAAUCGAAGGGUACUAUUGUGAAUUUAUGUAUUUAUGAACGGAAGGGAACUUGAAAUAUCUACAAAGAUGUUUUUAUACAAUUCUAACAUUGUGUUCAGCAUUACGAACAAAAUAUUUUAACAGUGCAUCAUUACAAAAUAAUGUUCAAAAAAGUUUAUAAUACCAGUUACUCAGAUUUUUUCUGUAACUUAAUCAAUUUAUUGUUUUAAAUAAACUGAAAUUUACA